AGGGUGCAAACGCCCCGCGGAAAGAGUUUCUGUUUUCUCGGAAACCGUUCGUCAAAGCCAUGUGUCACAUCCUAAACGAGUCUUGUGAUUCGUAUGGCAGCGGUGACGCUGUCGCGUGAGAAAGUUAACGGUCUUCGCUACAUUUUUGUUCAGAUUGAUGAUUACUAAUAUAAACGCAUUUUUCUCUUAUUUUUAUAUAUAUUACAUAUAAUAUAAUGCAUAUAUAUUAAAUUUGUAUGCUAUUAAUAUAGUUUCUUUAAUAAUAAGUGAAUAAGUUAUAGACACACUGAAUUAUAAAAAUAUUUUGAAUCUAUAUAUAAUUUGGCUAACAAAUAAAGGUUAUUUUUUAAUUACAUCAAAUGUACAAAUAAGUAAAAAAAUUGACCUACAUUAUACAGUUUUAUCAAUACAAAGGCCUUAUUGGAAUUUUAUAGUUUUGCCACAUUUUAUGAAUAAUUAAAUUCAAUUGAAUAAAUAUUUCAAAAUUAAUUGUAAUGUUUAGCGUCAUAAUUUUAUACGUACAGUUAAUUUAUAGAUAUGAAAAUACAACAUAUAAUAAGUGUAAAUUCGAUAUUUCAUAAGUUCUACAAUAUUAAUUGUUUAAUUAAAAUGAAAUUUAUUCGCGCUUUAUAAAUUACAUAUUGUAAUAUUUCGUGUUGAGUAAAUAAUUCCAUGAAAAUGGCCAUUAUCGAAGCACACCGACGCGCUACAUAAUACCUUCGCUACAUCAAGCCUCUCUUUCUUAGCUAUAAAUCGUUUUUAUCUGGAAUCUAUGUUAUUUAUUUUCGCGUUCUCCGUUCGGCGUUCACGGAUAACGACGCUUCGCGAAGCACGUUCCGUGGGAGCAUGAACAGCCUUGGACCGUCAGAACAUUAAUUCGCAGCAUAUUUACACUGUUAAGAUUACACGUCUCCGCGUAUACCACCGGUGAUUCCCCAAUAAUCCCGAGCCCGAUUAGGCACGCUACAUUAGGCACUCCGUUUUCUACGCUCCGUCGAAGGUAAAACGCUGCCUGGCUCGCAGGACUGCGGCCGAGGGUGCUUGGAAAGCCGGAAACUAGUAAAAACACGCGUGAAGAAAAAAGGCAUAUAUUUAUACAGUCGGCAGGCAAGCGCGAGGUUUAAUUGUGCGAGAACGGCAGCUCAGUUAGAUGCGUUUUUUACGAUGCAGCCGUGUCGCGCGCGGCGGCCGUUUCCCGUCGAAUGUUUCCCGAGAAAACGACGGACAAUCUGGCGGAGCUCGGAGAAUCGGUAUCAAAUUGGCGCCAGCGGCGCGUUUCGUUUCCUCAGAAAUAGGCAAUUCUUCGAUCACAGCGGAAUACUCCCGGGUCUUAAUGAGGAUUCUGCGUCAUGGCGCGACCGUGAUGCCCGAGUCUCGUAAUCGCCUGAUCUUACGAAGGGGAUUUACGUAACGCGAUAUCCUGCGGUUGUCUGACGGCCCGCCACUGCAUAAUUGCACCUUUGGCACGAACGAUUUAAGCGCGGUCGCGAUAUUCAGCGGCACGAAGGUUUGGCGCCUGCUAUACGGAGUGAAUCAUUACUCCGUGAGGCACGAAAGGAAAGGAUGACAUCGUUAGAAUUCCCUCUCCCUCUAAUUUAUUCACUGCACAAUUGGUCUCGCGGCGUUUUUAACAAACAAUUACAUUAAAUAGCGGAAGUAAAUCUUUUAGCGUCGCGGUAAUAAAGGACGCUCUAAAAACAAAGGUGACGGUCGAAUGGAGGAUCGCCAUAGUUUUGUAGGGUUGAAAGGGGCAACGAGGGGUUUUAAUGAAUCUCAAUGAGGCCCUUGCGCUCUUUGUUUGCGCUGGGAUUUAGUCAAACGUUGAGGGUGACAGGAUUCGAAAUUACUUUAGCACUGACGUGCCGGCUGCAACGGGCCAUAACGGGGUGCAUUUUAAAGCGAACACUUCGCUCAUCGUAACAGGCGCAAGAUAAUGUCAUUCAAGGGCAUUCAUCGUACCCUCCGCGCUCAGCUAUUCACAAUGAAUCAUUAUUACGGCGAACUUUGUUCAGCACGUAGGUAAAUGUACUCUCCAAGAACAGCAGUAGUAAAGGUAAUAUACAUAUAUUACCCUUCCGUUUCUAUUUGUUAAUCACGUAUUUAAAUCAUUCGCGCACUUCAGAAAUAUAUUAAAAGAGAAAAUAGUAAUUAUUAAUCUUUUUUUUUUUUCAAAAAGAUAUUCGAUUAGCAUAUAUAAAUUUAUUUGUUAAGAUUUUUUACUAAUGAAUCUUAUUUACAUGUAAUAGUCGUUCAUCUAUAUUAGUACGAGCUUAUUUAUGGAUGUUGCGAUAUCGAUCUCAGGAAGCAAUUAAAAUCACUGGUCCGAAUCCUUUGGGAAAGGUACUUGCUUCUUCGAGUCCAUCUUUGUUACGCUUUACGAGUUGGAGGCCAUUGCAAUUUUCUACAAUAAUGAUUGUCAUCACUAUAUAUCCGCUUUGAGUAUUUAUCCCUUCCUUCAAGUAACAUGCACGGUGAUACAAGUAUUUUAUGAAAAAUCAGUGUCCCCAGUGUAUUCACAAACGAACGAUGAAAAUGCAAACGAGAAUAAUUCUCGUAGGUUGCUUCGUGAUCGCAAUGUUGAAUAAUUUUGGGACAAGUGUGGAAGUUUCGUCGAAAAUCGAUUUGGAUUCUAACGAAAAUGAAGAAACAUUAGGCAACUCGACCUUCGUCACAAUCGUGAAUCCAAAGAAAUCUGCAAGUUUACCGGAAUCAAUCUUGCGUGCGUCUAAACCAGUAACAUUCGUCUGGCAUCGUGGAAGCGAGCUCGUAAAAGCAAAUGAACCGAGAAAAAGAAGGCUCUAUUCAUCGCAAGAUGAUUCAGAAAAGCAACCAAAAAUUAUCAAUAAUAUUAAAAUUGUUGUAAAUAGUAACGAUAGCAUACCAAGUGAAAAUUCUUGUGAACAUGGUAUAUGUAAUGUAUCCGUGUCUUCGAAAUCGGACGAAGAAGGAAAUAUCGUCACCGAAGUACAUCUCAGCAUUAUCACAAAAGCAAAACCGAAGAUCGAUGAUGUUCCGGUGAUCAAUGGUUUUCGAGGGAUCAAUGAGGGUUAUGAUAAGCGACCAAUUUUUCAUCCGAUAAAUUCGCCACGUUCAAUGCAUGCACAUUUUCAUCGUGAUAAUACCCCACAGAUUCAAACUAAAGGAUAUAGCGAGCCUUGGUAUGGACGAACUUUUCGACGGCCGCAAGUAUAUUGGAAUUAUUAUGUUGGAGAUCAUAAUAACGUAGGAUUUAUGGAUCAAACGUGGCGACGAGAUAGACCCAUAGUGGAUGAUAAGAUUGAACCGCCGCUUAGCAAAACCAAACCCAGUGACGAUAUAAAAUUUUAAAAUAAUUUAUUAAAUUUUAAAGCUAUAGUGAUGUAAAUAUUACUAUACGGAAUGAUAUUAAACCAUUUUAUUAAGAACAAUUUAAUUGUUACAUAAUAAAAAAAUCAUAAAAGC